UGGCGUUAGUAAUUAUAACUAGAUAUUAAGAACGUUAAAAUGGCUUUAAGUUGUGCGCCUCCGGAAAGCGUGUACCAAAGAGAAUAUAAUUGCAAAAUCAUUUUAUUUAUCAAAGACAGUGAACGCACCACCAGCAAGCUCUCGUAACCCGGAUGUAAACAUUAUCAUAUCCGGAUCAAAUAAUUCACAUGUCCUUCCUGUGUAUUUCAAAUUUUAUUCAGCGGUUAUUAUUGAACAUAAACUGACACAGCAGUAGUGAGAAACUUUUCAGAUAGGUGUAUUUUCUUUUAAAUGCACCUGCAGGUUGUAGCAUCUGUGGUAUAUAGCAUUAAACGCUGCGAGCUAGCUAAAGUCUGCUAAAAGUCAACGGACAGAGGAUGAAGUCACUUCACUGGGCUUGUAUUUUUGAGUUUAGCAGAGAAAGUAAAAUGUCUUUUUUACUUUAAGUAAGGUCACUUGAUAGAUUAAUGUCUAUCUAAUACUUUAAAGUUAAAAUAUUGAUUUUACACAGUUGAGUUGUAUUUGGUCUUUAAGAGAUCAGAUUUUUACUCAUGAGGAUUCAUCACUUCAACAGACAAUCUUUUUUGCUCAAGCUUCUCAUCAUGUUACCCCACUGUGUCAGGCGUGUUGUUUUGUCGAGGCGUUUAUUAAAAACAUCACUUGCUCUGCAGCACAGCAGGACACACUGCAGCGCAUCAUCAACAGAGGAUCCGGAUCAGGUCAGGACUCUGCUGCAGCUCUGUGUGGACAGGCACUAUGUCUCACCUGGUCAGACUAACACGGAGCUGUUUCGGCGUGGGAUGAGCUGCAGUUAUGGCCCUCUGGGCACGGAGCUGAGGAGAAACCUGCUUCAGCAGUGGUGGUACUCUGUGACCAGCUCCACAGCUCAGGUGUUUGGGAUAAACUCUCUGAGCAGCAGUAGCAGCAGCAACGAGGACACAGCAACAGAUGGACAGGGACAACUCAGGGUUGUUGAGUCGGAACAGUUAAAACACAUACUUGAACAGAAAAAACUGAGCAAGGAGCAGCUCAUCCAGAGGGUACAGAUGCUCAUUCACAGGUCCCCAUCUCUGAGGACAAACUUUCUUCAAGGUGCCUUGGAGCAAUUUGUCCCCUCGUUGGAGCUGGUGAACAGGAAGCUGCCCUUCGGCCUGGCUGAGGCUGGCCUGUGUUUCCAACCCUCAGAUGGUUCUGGUUGCCCAGCUGAAAUGACUCAGACGUCUCUGGUGUGGUUCUGCUCUCCUCGUACUUCUUCCCAGUGGCUCGAUCACUGGACACGGCAGAGACUGAAGUGGUGGAGGAAAUUUGCCCUGUCUCCAUCAGACUUCAGCAGUAAUGACGUCCCAGAGGAGGAACUCGAGAAGGCGGCGUCUCGUGGUGUGAGGAUCAUCUACAGCUUCCCGUGGGGACAGGAGACUCUGGAGACGCUGUGGAGCAGAGGAGACACUGAACUGCUGCAGACACACAAAGGAGUCCAUUCCAAACUACAAUGUCGAGAUGGCCGUAAGUCAGUUCCUCACGUCGUCUCAAUAACCGGGAACAUGGACCGUGGCGUGAUGGCCUUUCUGUCCAGCUCACUGCAGCAGCUCAAGAAAGAAGACAGCAAGCAGAAGCUGCUGCAGAGAAAGGUUCUGAGGUUGCACCCAGUGUUGGCUCCAGUCAAAGUGGCUUUAGACAUUGGCAAAGGAGCCACUGUGGAGCUGCGGCAGGUGUGUGAGGGGCUGCUGCAGGAGUUCAUGGAGGCUAAGAUCUCUGUGUGGCCUGGGUAUCUUGAAACUCUGCCAAUGUCAAUGGAGCAGCUGAACACAAAGUACGAUGAGAUGGGAGUGCUUUUCACCGUGGUGAUCAGUGAGAACACCCUGGAGAGCGGCCUCCUUCAAGUCCGCAGCAGAGACACCACCGUCAAAGAGAUCAAGCACAUCUCUGAGAUCAAAAACUUUCUGUGCAGAUACAUUUCUGCUGCAGACAACAUCUGAAUGGACUUUUUGGUGUAGGAACCAAAAAGAAAUACUGAAUGUAGUGAUGCUUCCAUUUUGCAGCCCGUUCUUCGGGUCCAAAAUGAAUGCAUGAAUCUAUAAAACAAGGACUUUGUUCUGAGGAUUAUUUAGCUCAACAGAGCAUUUAUGGCCUCCUCUCAGUACGUCCGAGGAAGAGGUGAAUAACUCAUACUUGUGUUUUACUGCGUUCCAUCUGGUCUAUGUCACUUUGUGAAUUCAACAAAGUGGUACAUGCAUUUUAUGAGGAUUUAAAUAAAUGUUGGGGUGUUUA